CCCACCCCCCCCCCCCCCCCCCCCCCCCCCCUUUUUUUUUCCCCCCCCCCGGGGGGGGCCCCCCCCCCCCCCGGGGCCCCCCCCCCCCCCCCCCCUUUUCCCCCCCCCCCCCCCCUUUCCCGGGGUUUUUUUUUCCCCCCCUUUCCCCCCCCCCCCCCCCCCCCCCCCCCUCCCCCCCCCCCACCCCCGGGCCCCCCCCCCCCCCCCCUUUCCCCCCCCCCCCCCCCCCCCGGGGGGGCCCCCCCCCGGGGGGGUUUUCCCCCCCCAAACCCCCCCCCUUUUCCCCCCCCCCCCCCUUUUUUUUGGGGGGGGUUUUUUCCCCCCCCCCCCCCCCCCCCCCCCCCCCCCCCAAAACCCCCCCCCCCCCCUUUUUUCCCCCCCCAAAGGGGGUUUUUUUUUUUUUUUUUUUUUUUCCCCCCCCCCCCCCCCCCCCCCCCCCCUCCCCCUCCCCCCCCCCCCCCCCCCCCCCCCCCUUUUUUUUGGGGGGCCCCCCCCCCCCCCCCCCUUUUUUUCCCCCCCCCCCCCCCCCCCCCCUUUUUUUUUUUCCCCUUUCCCCUUUCCCCCUUUUUUUUCCCCCCCCCCCCCCCCCCCCCCCCCCCCUUUUUUUCCCCCCCCCCCCCCCCCCCCCCCUUUUUUUUUUUUGGGGCCCCUCCCCCCUUUUUCCCCCCCCCCCCCCCCCCGGGGGGGGUUUUUCCCCCCCCCCCCCCCCCCCCCCCCCUUUUUUUUUUUUUUAAAAAACCCCCCCCCCCCCCCCCCCCCCCCCCCCCCUUUUUUUUUUCCCCCCCCCCCCCGGGGCCCCCCCCCCGGGGGGGCCCCCCCCCCCCCCCCCCCCCCCCCCCGGGGGGGGGUUUGUCCCCCGGCCCCCCCCCCCCCCCCCCCCCCCCCCCUUUUCCCCCCCCCCCCAACCCCCCCCCCCAUUUUCCCCCCCCCCCCCCCUUUUUUUCCCCCCCCCCCCCCCCCCCCCCCCCCCCCCCUUUUUUUCCCCUCCCCCCCUUUUUUCCCCCCCCCCCGCCACCCCCCCCCCCCCCCGGCCCCCAAACCCCCCCCCCCCCCCCCCCCUUUUUUUCCCCCAAAAAACCCCCCCCCCCCCCCCCCCCACCCCCCCCUACCCCCCCCCCGGGGCCCCCCCCCCUUUCCCCCCCCCCCCCCUUCCCCCCCCCCCCCCCCUUUUUCCCCCCCCAAAUUUAAAAACCCCCCCCCCCCCCCCCCCCCCCCCAAAAAAAACCCCCCCCAAACCCCCCCCCCCCUUUUCCCCCCCCCCCCCCCCAAAAAACCCCCCCCCCCCCCCCCCCCCCCUUUUUUUUGGGGGGGGCCCCCCCCCCCCCCCCCCCUUUUUUUUUCCCCCCCCCCCCCCCCCCCCCCCCCCCCCCCCCCCCCCCCCCCCCCCCCCCCCCCGGGGGUUCCCCCCCCCCCCCCCCCCCCCCCCCCCCUCCCCCCCUUUUUUCCCCCUGGCCCCCCCCCCCCCCCCCCCCCCCCCCCCCCCCCCCCCCCCGGGGUUUUUCCCCCCCCCCCCCCCCCCCCCCCCCCCCCCCCCCCCCCCCCCCCCCCCCCCGGGGGCCGGGGGGCCCCCCCCGGGGGCCCCCCCCCCCCCCCCCCCAAAAAAACCCCCCUUUUUCCCCCCCCCCCCCCCCCCCCCCCCCCCCCCCCCCUUUUUUUUUUUCCCCCGGGAAAACCCCCCCUUUUUUUUUCCCCCCCCCCCCGGGGCCCCCCCCCCCCCCCCCCUUUGGGGGCCCCCCCCCGGGCCCCCCCCGGGCCCCCCCCCCCCCCCUUCCCCCCCCGGGGCCCCCCCCCCCCGGGGGGCCCCCCCCCCCCCCCCCCCCCCCUUUUUUCCCCCCCCCCCCCCCCCCCCCCCCCCCCAAAAAUUUUUCCCCCCCCCCCCCCUUUCCCCCCCCCCCCCCCUUUUUUUCCCCCCCCCCCCCCCCCCCCCCCCCCCCCCCCCCGGGGGCCCCCCCCCCCCCCCCCCCGGGGGCCCCCCCCCCCCCCCCGGGCCCCCCCACCCCCCCCCCCCCCCUCCCCCCCCCCCCCCCCCCCCCCCGGCCCCCCCCCCCCCCCCCUUCCCCCCCCCCCCCCCCAAAACCCCGCCCCCCCCCGGGGGGGGCCCCCCCCACUGCACUCACGGAGAAAUUCAGAGGUGAUGGUGGAAAACAAAUCUCGCCAGAAGAUGCGUUUAGCGCCACGGAUGUCAUUGGUGUGCGUUCACACGUUUCUGCUUAA